AGGGAAAACAUGAAUAAUCCAAGACCGGUAAGUCCUUUGGUUUCUCCAGCAAACCACCCAGAUCUAUUAGAAAAUCAACGUCAAUCCAGUUGCGGAGAAUUCUCAAGAUUAGAGAAACGAAACGGAGCAAGGAAGAUGAUGAAGUUUCAUUCCAAGUCUAUGCCCCGAGGUGCCAUGUUUCUUGAUCAAGAAGCUUCUAGAAACUUCCAUGACAAGAGGUAUGACCUAUUCAGGACCAUGUCCGGGAAGCUCGAACGUCAGAUAUCGAAUUUACGGGGGAAACCCACUGAGUGUUCGUUGCAGGAUCAUAAAGAGAUCACUGAAUCUUUAACCGCUGAUAGAUACUUUGAUGCUCUUCAAGGCCCCGAACUUGAAACUCUCAAGGAGAAGGAGAAGAUAGUUUUGCCAGAGGACAAAACGUGGCCGUUUCUUCUGCGGUUUCCAAUCACAUCGUAUGGGAUGUGUCUUGGAGUAAGCAGUCAAGCCAUCAUGUGGAAGACCUUAGCAACCACAAACGCCGAGAAGUUCUUGCACGUGACUCAAAAGAUCAACCACGUGCUCUGGUGGAUCUCCCUCCUUCUCCUCCUCGCCGUCUCUAUCACUUACCUCCUCAAAACCAUCCUCUACUUUGAGGCGGUUCGCCGUGAGUUUCGGCAUCCAAUCCGAGUCAACUUCUUCUUCGCUCCUCUCAUAUCAGUCCUCUUCUUAGCGCUUGGAAUCCCACACUCCAUCAUCUCACAUCUUCCCUCUACACUUUGGUACUUCCUUAUGGCUCCCAUCUUGUUUCUUGAGAUGAAGAUUUACGGACAGUGGAUGUCUGGUGGACAACGACGCCUCUCCAAAGUCGCAAACCCUACAAACCACCUUUCGAUUGUUGGUAACUUUGCCGGAGCACUUCUAGGAGCAUCAAUGGGGUUGAAAGAAGGACCAAUGUUCUUCUUUGCUGUGGGAUUGGCAUAUUAUGUGGUCUUAUUUGUGACUCUCUAUCAGAGACUUCCCACUAACGAAACCUUACCUAAAGAGCUUCACCCUGUUUUUUUCCUCUUUGUGGCUGCACCGGCUGUCGCUUCCAUGGCCUGGACCAAGAUCUCUGCCUCUUUCGAUCUCGGCUCGCGCCUGGCUUACUUCAUCUCCUUGUUCUUGUACUUCUCUCUGGUUUGUCGGAUUAACUUUUUCCGCGGAUUCAAAUUCUCGCUAGCUUGGUGGGCUUACACGUUUCCGAUGACGGCAGUGGCCAGUGCGACGAUCAAAUAUUCAGAUGAAGUUACGGGAGAAGCAACUAAGAUACUGUCGGUUGUGAUGUCGGGAGCAGCAACUUUGACAGUGAUAGGUGUGCUUGGGUUGACGGUGAUGCAUGCUUUUGUCCAACGCGAUCUCUUCCCCAAUGACGUCGUCAUUGCCAUAAGUGCAGAGCAACCGAAGCAGAGGAGAUGGUUUAAACAGCUCACAAAAGAAAGUCAAAUAGAUCUAGAAUCUCCUCCUUUAGUAAAUGUAGAUAGUUCCACGAACCAAAACCGAAACGAGAAACGUGAAUUCGCAGAUUGCAGACCCUUCAAUUGGAUUUUGGAUAUGGCAUCGAAACGGAUUUUGAAGGAAUUGAAGGAUCUGCAGAAGGAUCCUCCUACUUCAUGUAGCGCAGGACCCGUUGCGGAAGACAUGUUUCAUUGGCAGGCUACGAUAAUGGGUCCAUCGGAAAGCCCUUAUUCUGGAGGAGUUUUCCUUGUAACCAUCCAUUUCCCUCCAGAUUACCCAUUUAAGCCUCCUAAGGUGGCUUUUAGGACGAAGGUGUUCCAUCCAAACAUUAAUAGCAAUGGGAGCAUCUGUCUCGACAUCUUGAAGGAGCAGUGGAGUCCUGCUCUGACCAUUUCCAAGGUGCUGCUAUCGAUCUGUUCUUUGUUAACGGAUCCAAACCCGGAUGAUCCUUUGGUCCCUGAGAUAGCUCACAUGUACAAGACAGACAAGAACAAGUACGAGUCCACUGCUCGGACCUGGACCCAAAAGUAUGCCAUGGGCUGACACAGAUGCUGUCCUUGAGGAAGAGCACUAAUAAUUAAACUCUUCUUAUUUCUAUGUAAUGAUCUUUUAUAGACUUGUCUGCCUUAUCAAAUUUGUGAAGACAGGAUCAGUAAGAAAUCAUAUGAUCUCCA